AUGCAGCGACAGGCACUUCACAGGUUUGGUCAAAGGCUUGUUUACAGACGUCCAGUGGAGCUAAGUGAAACUGAGACUUCCUCUGCCAGAACCCUGACUACUCUGGACUUAGUGGCCCUGGGUUUAGACUACACAUUAGGUGCAGGUAUAUAUUUCCUGGCUGGUGAGGUGGUCAGCAAUCAAGCAGGACCAGCCACUGUGUUAUGCUUUUUGGUGGCUGGCCUAUCCUCCGUGUUGGCUGGGCUGUGCUAUGCAGAGUUCGGUGCCUGGAUUCCACGUUCUGGCUCUGCAUAUCGCUUCACCUAUGUCACUAUGGGUGAAAUCUGGGCUUUCAUCACUGGCUGGAUCUUCAUCAUCUCCUUUGUUGCUGGUGCAGCCAGUGUGGCCCUGGCUUGGACCUUAGCUUUCGACUAUCUGAUUGGGAACCAGAUUUCUCAGGCCAUGCGUGAAAGCGUUUUACCGCAUGUUCCACAUGUGCUUGUGGAAUAUACAGACUUCUUUGCUAUGGGCCUGGUGUUGUUGCUCACUGGAAUACUGGCUCUGAGGGCUAAGGAGUCAGUCUUGGUUACCAAAGUGAUCACAUUAUUGAGCCUUUUGGUUCUCAGUUUUGUCAUCCUCUCUGGCUUCAUUAAAGGGGACCUGCACAACUGGAAGCUCACAGAAGAGGAUUACAUAAAGGCUGGAUUCAAUGGCACCUCUAGCUUGGGCCCUCUGGGCUCUGGAGGAUUCAUGCCUUUUGGCUUCCAGGGAAUUCUCCGUGGAUCAGCUACCUGUUUCUAUGCAUUUAUAGGUUUCAACAAUAUCGUUACCAGAGCUGAGGAAGCCCAGAAUCCCAAUCGUUCCAUCCCCAUGGGCAUUGUAAUUUCACUGUUCAUCUGCUUUUUGGUAUAUUUUGGUGUCUCUUCAGUGCUUACGCUUAUGGUGCCCUACUACCAGAUUCAUAGUGGGAGCCCCUUGCCUGAAGCAUUUCUCCAUAUUGGCUGGACCCCUGCUUGUUAUGUUGUGGCUGCUGGAGCUCUCUGUACUCUUUUAACCACCAUUUUGAAUGAUAUGUUCUACUCCCGUCAGAUGAUCUUGGUGAUGGCAAAAGAUGGCCUCCUGUUCCAUGUCCUUGCCAGCACCCACACCAGCAAAGACAUCCCCAUCGUGGCCACUGUGGUCUCGGGCACUAUGGCAGCAAUCAUGGCAUUAUUCUUUGAGCUCAUUGAUCUUGUGGACUUCAUGUCAGUUGGGACCCUGUUUACUCACUCCCUGGUGGCUGCUUGUGUCCUCAUCCUCAGGUAUCAGCCUGAGAGGAAGAAUGAGGGAAAUGAAGCACAGGUGCAGGAGGAGAACAGACCUGUAGCAGAGAGGCUGACUCUACCGACACUAUUUUUUCCAGGCAGCCCCACCCCCACUCCACUUUCUGGCCAGGUUGUCUCUGCUUGCUCCUCACUGCUUGCUCUGCUGCUGACUCUUCUCUGCCUGGUGCUGGCCCAGUGGCCUCGUCUGCUAUCCGGAGACCCAGUGUGGAUCACAGUGGUUAUGCUCCUCCUGGUGCUCAUCACUAGCGUCACUGGAGUCAUCUGGAGACAGCCACAGAGCUCCACUGCCCUUCACUUCAAGGUACCUGGUCUGCCUCUCCUCCCACUCCUGAGCAUCUUUUUGAACAUUUACCUCAUGGUGCAGAUGAUAGCUGGUACCUGGGCUCCAUUUGGUGUCUGGAUUCUGAUUGGGCUUGCUAUCUACUUCAGCUAUGGGAUUCAGCACAGCCUGGCCCCUUAA